AUCUCCCAGCACUGGGUCCACCCCAGGCUGCAGACAGGCAAGCAGCUGAAGCUCCUUCUCUGUCCCACAGGGGCGGCUGCCUGCAGGGUCCAGAAGGACCUGGUGGGUACCGUGGGGGGCUCUGUGAUCUUCCCUUUAUGCCACCUGGUGCAGCAGAUUGACAGCGUGGUCUGGACCUUCAACACCACAGCCCUCAUUAGCAUCCAGCCAAAUGCCACCCAUAAGGACAUCAUUAUUGUGAACCAGAAGCAGAACAGGCGCCGGCUGGGCAUUGUGUCUGGGAACUACUCCUUGAGCAUGAGCUCCCUGGUGCUUGGGGACAUGGGCAUCUACCGCGUGGAGCUGCACAGCUCUGGCAAGCAGCCUGUCAUGCAGCAGUACACACUUCAAGUCUAUGAGCACCUGUCAAGACCUGUGGUAAAAUCAGACCACUGGCAAAUGGAGGAAGAUGUCUGCAUGCUGAACUUGACAUGCUCCAUGCCUCAGGGAGAAGCAGCCGUGACAUACAGCUGGGAGGUCACCAACAAGACCCAGUGGGGCCCUGUCCUCCCUGUCUCCUGGAGGCUGGGUGACAGCGAUGUACACUUUGUCUGCAAGGUCAAGAACCCCGUGAGCAGCAACAUCUCACACCCAGAGUCUGCCAGGGAGUUCUGUGAAGUACCUGCUGGCCAUGUUAAUCCCGCCUUGCUCACCGUGACAGUGCUCCCAUGUUGUGCCAUAGUGCUGGUACCAGUGCUCCUGUGGAGACGUAAGGCUCCAGAGCCCACCAGAGAGAAGAGAAGGAUGGAGAUGUCAAAUGAGGCAGACAAGAUCAUGCAUUUCCCGAACAUCAUUCCCAAGGAGAAUUCUGCUAAUACCCUUUACUCUCUGGUGCAAAUCCCCAGAAAUGUGAGUGUUUCGGGAACCCAUUCAUGCUUCCAAAUCCCAUUUUCCUUCCUUGUCCCUGGGGAUCAGCUUCUUCUUGACUGGUGAAACUUCCCCAAA